CAGAGGCUUAUUUAAGGUUUGCGUUGCAGAGCUGGUUUGUUGCUGGACACUUCACACGUGCCUGGCCGAUGUAUGCCAUCUUUGGAUAGCAUUUAUGGUCACAGUUAUUGUAACCAUACGCUUAAAGAGGACGUCGAUGGUUUUCUGCUCAAAGAUCUUAGUAUGACAACACAAAAUCAUGAUGAACACGCCCCUCUUUUGGGAGAUGUUCAUGCUGAUAUUUCUUCUGAUACAUAUUCACCACUUGUAAAUGAUAUACAUAGUGAUUCAGACUUCAAUAACGUCUUACAAAGCGCCCUUCAAGCUAUUGAGUCCGGGAUACUGCCUGAAAGGAUCUAUCAAGGGUCAAGUGGGAGUUACUUUGUUAAGAAUCCAGACGGCGAGAAAAUUGCAGUGUUCAAACCGAAAGACGAGGAGCCCUAUGGGAAGCUGAAUCCAAAAUGGACCAAGUGGAUGCAUAAACACUGCUGUCCUUGCUGUUUUGGUCGCUCAUGUUUGGUUCCAAAUCAAGGUUACCUUUCAGAGGCUGGUGCCAGUCUUGUAGAUCAGCGACUACGGCUGAAUAUCGUUCCUGCAACAAGAGUUGUUCGUUUAGUAAGCGAAAGUUUCAAUUACAGUGCGGUUGAUCGUGCUAAAUCUAGGACUAAACAACACGUUGCUUCACGGUUCCCCGAGUUAGGUCGUCAUUUCAACCGUCUCGGACUUCCUCCGAAAAUCGGAUCUUUCCAACUUUUUGUCUCUGGUUGUCGAGAUGCUGACUAUUGGCUUCGCCAUUUUGAUAAUGAAUCGCUUCCUAAGCCUACAGCUUCAGAAUUCCGAUUUCAGUUUGAAAAACUUGUUGUACUUGAUUAUCUAAUUCGGAAUACAGAUCGUGGAAAUGAUAAUUGGCUUAUUCGUUAUCAAAGUUCGGAUCUGAAGGAAGAUACAGAUGAGACCAAUAAAGAUGGUUGGGGUGUUGUUGAUAUGCCAAAAAUAGAAUUAUUUGCAAUCGACAACGGUUUGUCUUUCCCGUUUAAGCAUCCAGAUGAAUGGAGAGCAUAUCCUUUUUAUUGGGGUUGGCUCCCUAUGGCUAAAGAACCAUUUUCAGAUGCAAUUAAAGAAGCUGUUCUUCCAUUAUUGUCCGACAUGCACUUCAUCAAUAGUCUAGUUCGUGAUCUUUAUAAUUUAUUCAAAAUUGAUCCAGGCUUUGACUUAUCCACUUUUAACAAACAAAUGUCUGUUUUACGGGGUCAGGUUGUAAAUUUAGUUGCAGCUCUACGAAAUUCAAAAAGCCCUUACGAUCUUGUACGAAUGCCAGUUCUGACUUUGGAGUUAUCCUCUAAAAAGCGUCCUACAAGACAUCGAUGGCCUCAUCAAAGGUUAGCAGCUGGUUUCGCUCAAAAUGAAAAUAUGCCUGAAAGUUCUAGUUAUCGUAAUAAUUAUAGCAACCUUACAGUUGAUGUUAACCCUACAAAUAAUGUACAGACCAAUCAAGAUACAAUAUUAACUGAAAAUCAGACAAAUAACUUAAUUGAUUGUGAUAAUUUUAUAAAUCUUGAUAACUCUCAACCCGAUACAAAUUCAAAACAUCCACAUGAAGUUGAUGUUGUUUCUGCUGCUACUACCAGUGAAAACGUUGUAGAUGAUGGUGAUGAUGAUGAAGAUGAACUAGAGCAUGGACUAGUUGCUCUAUCAUCUUUUAAAAAUAAACUAACUAUACCAAUUAAUAAUGAUGGUAAACAGACUGAAGUGGAUUUAGCUGGCAGCGCUGGCGAUGAAAACGAUGAACAGCGUUUCAAUUUACGUUAUUACAAAAAACCUUUUUUCACUUGGUUUUAACAAUCUAUUCUUUUUCCUUUUUUUUCUUUUAUCCAUUUACUACUUUUGAUAAACUGGUGUCAACAAAACAAAACAUACACAUAUUUGUCUUUCUGUUUGAAAUCAUUGACACAUUAAAACUGUGUUGACAAUCAAAAAAAAGGAAAAAAAAGUAAUUUCCAACAUUUAAUUAUGACUAUUUUUUUUUUUGAUGAAUAAUGAUAGAAUAUGGUCUUUUAUUAACUAAUCUAAGCCAAGUUUUCUUUUUCCUCAAUCUCCUUCUUUUUUUAAUGCAUUGUUAAUUUUGUAAUGGCUUUACUUAUUUAUUCAUCUUCUCCCUUUUUCAAAUGGAUCUUUUUGUCUUUAUUUCUUCCUGAACUUUGUACAGAUUUGAUUCCUUUUAUACACAUAUUUUUGACAAUAAUUAGAUGUAAGUCAGUGUUAAGUUAAAUCUUGAAUUAAACACCCAUGUAAAAGUUAUGUGGUGUAUGUGUAAUCGGAUAAAGUUCAGUGAAUAUAUAUUUGCUAUCCUAUUCGUUUCUAGUUUGUGCAAUUUUGUUAACUCUUCAGUAGAGCGUAUUUUAUUCUCUAGUUACAGGAUUUU